AUGAUUACCGUGCCAUUGCUAAAGAAGAACAAAAUACCUAAAGACAAAACACCUUUACGGCGGCUGCUCGAUAGCUCCCUUCGACUUCGGAUAUUAGCAUUUUGGCGGCAUAGAGAAGAUGAUGUCCCUAACUACGAUGCCAACCAUCUUCAUUACUAUUCUGUCAAGCGAAUGAAUGGGUUUUUAUCGGCAAUAAUUGUUGUUGUGGGUGUUGUCAUGCUUAUAACGCCUAUCUGGGUCCUUCAAGCAACGUCAAGUUUUCGCGCGAAACUGAUUGUUAUUAUUGUGUUUAUCUCAGCAUUCCUGGUUGUGGUGUCAUUGAUCAUGACCACCAGGUCAUUUGAGGCUUUGGCUGCAACCGCUGGCAACGCUGCAGUACUCAUGAUAUUUAUUCAGCUCGAUGGAACCUAG